UCGUUCGGAAAAUCGAAUAAUAUCACUCCUGAAUAAUUUGUUUACUUUUGUUUUGACACUUCUAAGCUUGGAGCCACCUUUAAAUGACUUUAGACGACAACGAGAAGAAGAUAAUUGAUUUCAUUUUCUAUAUUUGGUGGCGUAGGUAAUUGUCUUUUAGAGUAGCCAUACAUAUUAUAAAAGACCUAGACUUGAUGUCCCUCUACAUGGUGGACCUCUUGUACGUUGGAUCAGUCUCUUUUAAGCAGCUACUACCUCCAAUUGAACAAUCUCCUUCUACUAUAGCCAUGAUGGUUCCAGAACGAGCCGCAACUUUAAAAUUGUCCCGAUUGUAUAAUGUUACGUGGAUUAUUAGGAAGUUGGAGAUUUCUUGAUGCCUUAUUUUAACUUUUGUGAUUUUUAGUAGAAUUCGUAGUAUGUAUGUUGUAGAUACAAUACAAGGGUGUGGACGUAUGUGACCUGAUAAAUGUAUUUAUGUUUGAAUGAUUGCAUAGAUUAAUACUGGAUGUGUGUAUAUUAUAUAAUGUGCAUGUAUAGUGUGUGUCUACGUACGUAGGAGCUUCUUUUGCGCCACUGUACUAAAAAAUUAGCCAAAUCUACCUAUGGCAAAAAAAAUUAGGGUCAGAGUUCAGAUUACCGGAUUAGGUAAAAAAAGUUCAUACCAAUAAACGUACAUAAUUAUGAAAUUUUUUUUUGAUAUAUAGAAUCCAAACCUUUGAGUGUGAGAGAUUUGUUUUCACACCAUAAUGCAAUAUAUCAUUCAAAUUUUUGUUUAUAACUAAGAGGAAUAUCACUGAAAAUACUUGAAAACAUGAACUGCUGGUCAUGAUAGGCUUACCGCUUACAAAGUUUAGCAUGAUUGAUACAAUAUAAUUUUCGUAAGCCUUGGGGAAACAUAUCACUAUAGUAAUCACGAAAGUUGAUCAUAACCUAAGAUUUACAUUAAUAGUUAUUUGCGGAACGCCAAAUAAGAUGGAGAGAUAUUUGGGAUCUUCCGAUCUUGAAUCAAACAUAAACUCAACAUUAGGGCUGUUCGUUUGGUUGCCGCUGGUACCGGCGGCAGCGGCAGCGUCAACAUUUUGCGUCAACUCUUGUUCGUUUCGUUGACGCAGGAAGCUGCGUCUGACGCCGCGUCUGAACGCCGCGUCCUGCGGCUGACGCCGAUAAAACCUGCGGUCGCGAUAUAGUAUGCGGCAGCGUCAGCGGCAGCGGCAGCGUCUGCGAAACGAACAAAAACUGUUUUCAUUGACGCUGCCGCCGCCGCUGAUGCUGCCGCCGCCGCUGACGCUGUCGCCGCCGCUGCCGCCAGACGCUGCGGCAACCAAACGAACAGGGCUAUUAUAGAACAUGCGACAUGCUUGUUUCUUCUUAUGGUUUAAUCCGAUAUAAUAUUCUUAACUUUCUUGAUCCUAAUAAUACGGCAUGAGGCAAUAAAUGUGUUGUGUUUAACAAACAUCACAUUAUUUCUGAAAUGUUGACGUGCAUGUGAUUAGCAUCCCCUCAAAAAUCCUUACGAUAUUAUUGGCCAGUUUCUUCUCCGGUUUCUCCUCCACUUGUCACGUUUCCCACUCAUAUGUUUGGCUCCGUAUGACCCGUACAUUAUUUUUUUCCUUAAUUCACUAAUAUACGGUAUACUAAUAUGCAUGGAUCCAUACAUUCUUCAUUGCUUUUGAAUAAUGAGGAUCGUGUAACGUUUGAUUGAUUAUUUUUAAGAUAAUUAUAGCAAAAUCGGUUACUUGCCCGUCUGAGUCGUCACAUGCAUUGAUAUUAUGUCCCCUAUCAUCAACAUGCACUGACACUUCCCUGACCAUUCCACUUGCUUUUACAGUUAUCCAAUCAGAAUACAACAUAAUUAUUAAGUUUAUGUAUGAACAUUUCCGUAACCAACAUUUUUAGGUUCUAAUAAGCAUUUUAUGAAAUGAAAAUGAACACAAAAGUAUAGUAUAGACAAUGCCGUUUUGCCCGUACAUGAAAUUCAUUUUAUGAAAUCAACCAUCUUUUUUUUUUGAUAAAAAAGUACCAUCUUAUAAAUGACCAUAUGCUCAUGAUUUUUUUUAGCAAUAUUCAUCUAGAAGUUACAACAUCUAAUUUCCAGUACAUUACUUAUAUCAUGAUAAACGAUUUAAACCGACAAAAACUUGAAAUAACUAAAAGUGGUACCACUUGUAAUAUUCUGAUAUUUGACAAAAAAAUGUUCUCAGUUGCGUUGACAAAAGAAAUAAAUUCCAAUCUCUCGUGUGAUGAUAUACCAAAUACAACAAGAAGUAUACAUGUAUAUAUGUAUAUAUCCAGGCCACUAAUUAAUACAUAUAUAUUCGAAUUAAAAAAAACAUCUCAUAACACGCCAAGACUAUAUAAACCCUCCACUAAACCGUUUCAAAUCCACACACCCCACCUCUAGUAUUCAACUUCUCUCUCAAAACAAUGCCUUCUCCAGUUCUCAUAAUUCUCCUCUUAACUCUCUCGAUCUCAUUGUCCUCAGCUCAGACCUACAACAUUCUAUCUUACGGAGCCAAACCGGACGGUAAAACCGACUCUACCAAGGCCUUAGCCGCCGUCUGGGCCAAAGCCUGCGCCUCAGUCAAGGCAGUCACCAUAUCUAUCCCUAAAGGACGGUUUUUAUUAAGAAGCAUUGUAUUUGAUGGAGCCAAGUGUAAACGCAAGUCAGUCACGUUCCGCAUCCAAGGUACACUUGUGGCUCCGUCGGAUUAUAGAGUCAUUGGUAACGGAAACUACUGGAUUUUCUUCCAGCAUCUCGACGGCCUCUCCGUCUACGGUGGAGUUCUUGACGCUCAGGGAGCUUCUCUAUGGUCUUGCAAGAAGUCCGGCAAGAAUUGCCCUAGUGGUGCUACGAGCAUAGGGUUUCAGAGCUCAAGCAACGUGGUGAUCUCAGGGCUAACGUCACUCAACAGUCAGAUGUUUCACGUCGUGAUUAACGGCUGCCGUAACGUAAAUAUACAAGGAGUCAAAGUUUCUGCUGAUGGAAACAGUCCAAAUACUGACGGCAUCCACGUCCAAUCAUCCUCCAUCGUCUCCAUCCUCAACUCAAAAAUAUCCACCGGCGAUGAUUGUGUAUCCAUCGGUCCUGGAACUAAUGGCCUCUGGAUCGAAAACGUUGCUUGUGGCCCUGGCCAUGGUAUCAGCAUUGGGAGCUUGGGAAAAGAAAGUGUGGAGGCAGGUGUACAGAACGUAACAGUAAAAACGGCUACGUUUACAGGAACAGAGAAUGGGGUGAGAAUAAAGUCAUGGGCCAGGCCCAGUAAUGGAUUCGCUAAGAACAUCCGUUUCCAGCAUUGCGUCAUGAACAACGUACAGAACCCAAUAGUCAUUGACCAAAACUACUGUCCUGGCAACGAAAAUUGCCCUAACCAGGUUUCUGGAAUAAAAAUCAGCGAUGUAAUGUUCUUCGACAUCCACGGGACAUCAGCGACACAAGUUGGAGUGAAAUUUGACUGUAGCUCAAAGAAGCCGUGUACCGGAAUCAGACUUCAAGACGUGAAGCUAACAUACCGGAAUAAACCGGCAAUGGCAGAUUGUAGCCAUGCAGGAGGAACUGAGGCUGGGUUUCAACAGCCCAACAGUUGUCUAUGACCAGACAAAAUAAUAUUUAUAUUUGUCUUGCGUCGUGACAUGUAAGUAACGUCGUCGCUUCUAUAUAUUCUUUUACGACCCUAUUCGUGCUUGUUGGGAACGUGGCGAAUGUGGCUAAUUUAUCGGCCAAAUAGAACUUGGUGCCUUGUUGUAUUGCUUGGCACGAAGAACAACCUUUGUUGCGUUGUCUUUUAAUUGUUUCGUUUUGUAUCAACUCAUUUUUAUUAAUAGAAAACGGUACGAAAAAAUUUGGACCUUAUCUAUGUGUGAGAACUCUUUAAUUCAGUUGUUUAACUAAGAGUUCAUUU